AUGGACUUGCUUGUGGCUAAUUUUGUCGGGCUAGAGGCUAAGCUUGCAGGCUUAACCAAGGUCGGUCAAUAUGUAAAGACAGUACUGGGCCCUCAGUUUACUUUGAGGAACCAUUUGUGGGUUCCCCAAAAUUCUAACCUUCUCAGGCCCUUUUCAGACUCAACAGCUGCUUCGAAUGGAAAUCCGCGCCUUCCUGAUUCUUUGCAUUUUAUUGAUCCUUCAGGACGGCCAAAUGCAUACCAGAGGGCAAUUGUCGAGGUUGGGGAAGUGUUACAGUUUUAUGAUUCAGACAAACGAUUUCCUACUUGGGGAUUUGGGGCACGACCAAUUGAUGGUCCUGUUUCCCAUUGCUUCAACUUGAAUGGAAGUAGUCAUUAUUGUGAGGUGGAGGGGAUCCAAGGAAUUAUGAUGGCUUACACAAGUGCCCUGCAUAAUGUAUCUCUUGCAGGACCUACUCUUUUUGGACCUGUCAUAAGCACAGCUGCACUGAUUGCCAGCCAAUCUGUAGCAAAUGGUGGAAGAAAGUACUUUGUUUUGUUAAUAAUCACAGAUGGAGUGGUGACAGAUCUUCAAGAAACAAAAGAUGCCAUUGUUAAAGCAUCUGACUUGCCAUUAUCAAUCCUUAUUGUUGGGGUAGGAGGUGCUGAUUUCAAAGAAAUGGAGGUUUUAGAUGCUGACAAGGGAGAGAGGCUUGAAAGUUCAUAUGGACGCGUUGCUUCACGCGAUAUAGUUCAAUUUGUUCCAUUUCGGGAGGUUCAAAGUGGAUUUUCAGUUGUUCAAGCACUUCUAGCAGAAUUACCGACUCAAUUUUUAACUUAUGUGCGGAGCAGAAAUAUCCAACCAAGCCUCUAG